CUGUCAUCGCGAGAUGAGGCUUGUUGUGACGUCAGGAUUAGCUGUCAGCCAGAUUUCAGGGAGCUGGAUAUUUGUUGCGGGACGUUUAAGCAGCGAUUUGGGUCUGCGGGUAUUGUUAAAGAAAAUCCGUACUGUCCCGUGAGAAGCGGGGUUGUUGGACGGUAUGCCCAAGAUCUUGGUGGUUUCUGUGGGUGUCGAGCGGGUAACAACAUCAUGAAAAAGUUUUCUCGGAUGCCGAAGUCGGAGGGUAGCGGGGGCAGUGGGUCCAGCCUGGCUGCGGGCUCCUCGGGCACAACAAGCAUUGGAGGUGUAAAUGUUGGGAGAUGCUUUUUUAUUGGUCACUUCCAAGUCACCGUAGAAGAGCUUUUGGCAGAAGGGGGCUUCUCGACUGUCUUCAUUGUAAGAACUCAUGGAGGAAUACGUUGUGCAUUGAAGAGAAUGUAUGUUAAUAACGUGCCUGAUCUUAACAUUUGCAAGAGGGAAAUAACAAUUAUGAAAGAACUGUCUGGUCAUAAGAACAUUGUUGGGUAUUUAGACUCUGUCAUUAACUCUGCUGGGAAUAAUGUAUGGGAAGUCCUUAUUCUAAUGGAGUAUUGCAAAGCUGGUCAGGUAGUGAAUCAGAUGAAUCAGAGAAUUCAGAUUGGGUUUACAGAACCAGAGAUCCUGAAGAUAUUCUGUGACACCUGUGAGGCAGUAGCACGACUUCACCAGUGCAAAACCCCAAUUGUGCACCGUGAUCUCAAGGUUGAGAAUAUUUUAUUAAAUGAUAAUGGAAACUACGUCUUAUGUGACUUCGGAAGCUCUACAAACAGAAUUCUUGACCCGCAAAAGGAUGGUGUGAACAUUGUGGAAGAAGAAAUUAAAAAGUACACAACUCUUUCUUAUAGAGCUCCUGAAAUGAUUAACCUCUAUGGAGGAAAGCCGAUUACCACAAAGGCUGAUAUUUGGGCCCUGGGCUGCUUACUGUACAAACUAUGUUUCUUCACUUUGCCUUUUGGUGAGAGCCAGGUUGCAAUUUGUGAUGGAAAUAUCACAGUUCCAGAUAAUUCACGCUAUAACCACACAUUGCACUGUUUGAUUAGAUACAUGCUGGAACCGGAUCAGGAGAAAAGACCUGACAUCUAUCAAGUAUCUUAUUUUGCCUUCAAGUUAGCCAAAAGAGACUGCCCAUUUCCAAAUAUAUAUAACUCUCCAAUUCCUCAUGUGCUUCCAGAACCCAUGACAGCCAGUGAAGCAGCUUCAAAAAGGAGCCAAGCAAAAGCAAGAAUAACGGAUGCACUUGGGCCAACAGAAACGUCAAUUGCACCAAGACAGAGACCGAAGGCCAAUGCCUAUACAGCUUCAACAAACGUGCUAACAAUCCAUAGUUCAGCAACCCCAGCAAAGAUGCCUGGUCAAGGUGUUCAGGCUCAUCAAAACCAAAACUUAACAACAGCAGUACGGCCUGAUAAUAGUUAUGAAACCGUGCUGGCAAAGGGAGGCAACCAACAGCCUCCACAACAACACAGAGUUUUGCAACAGCUGCAACAGGGAGACUGGAGGUUACAACAGCAGCAUCAAUUACAACAACAGCAGCAUCAAUUACAGCAACAGCAACUGCUCCAGGAAGCCUACAUGCAGCAGUAUCAACAAGCAAUUCAACAGCAAAUCCUUCAGCAGCAAUUCUUAAUGCAUUCUUUUUACCAUCAGCAACAGCCUUCACUUACAUUUCCAACCAUGGUUCAUCAAUAUCAACAGACACAUAUACAACAUCAACCGCAAGUCCUUGUUCAGCACCAGCCGCAUGUUCAGCACCUGAUGUCCCCUGAAGAGUUUACACCAGUUUUAUAUGCUACAUCAUUACCUGAGCAAGCGGGAGGACUGGGAAACUCAUCCAGUACCAAAUCUGUGACCAUUUCGGAGAAGGAAACUGGUUCUAAUGUUCCCAAACAAAACAGCAGCAACCCACCGGAUAUGUCUGGGUGGAACCCAUUUGGAGAUGACAAUUUCUCUAAGUUAACAGAAGAAGAAUUACUGGACAGGGAAUUUGACCUUCUAAGAUCAAAUAAACUUGAGGAGUGUAGGUCUUCCACAGGCAUCAAUACAGAGCCUGUUCCUGCUCCACAUGACCAGUUUACACAAGAUGCGUUUGGUUCUGUGCCUUUUUUUUCUGGAUCAGGCUCACUUGAAAGGACAGCAGAAAAAAUUGCAUGUAGUCAAGAAAAUACUCCCACAUUUUCAAGAAAAGUUAGUAAGGAAACUCAAUCAUUAGGAGAACAAAUUGUGGAACAAAAAAUGCUAGAAACCUCUCCAUGUCAGAAUUCAAUAAAAAAAGAAGGAAUUGAAUCUGAAAGUGAUUUUGAGUCUGAUCCCCCUUCACCCAAGAGUAGUGAAGAUGAGGACCAAGAAGAUGAAGAAAUAUUGCACAAUGAGCAAGUGAUUUACAAUGAUGACAAUGAUACAGAACCAGAACAUAUUGGUCAGAGGCCCCUUUUAAUGGAUUCUGAGGAAGAACAAGAAAAUGACGAAGACGACAAGCACAGUUCUGAGUCUGACUAUGAACAAACAAAGAAAAACGCCAAUGAAAACCGUGUAAGUGAAUUUAUACCAGAUACUGGUAUAGGGAUAAGUGCAACUGACAUUUCCAGUUUAUCCACUGUAAAAAAUAAUGUGGUAAAAUUAACCUCUAAUCCGCAACUUGAUGUUUUUGGAGCUGUUCCUUUUUUCUCAGUGAGGUCUGACCUGCCUCAAACUAAAAAUGACUGUAACCUUCAGACUUCAGAUGAUUCCUUGAACAACAAAGUUCAGGAAGAAUUUGAUGUAUUUUCAAAAGCACCAUUUAGUAAAAAAGUUGAGCAACUUGAUUGCCAGGUGACUUCUAUUGCUCCAGAGAGUGUGGAUAUAUUUGGGUGUUCACCAUUUGAGCCAGCUCCUUUAGAGGGAGAAAAAUCUCACAGCAGGGAGGACAUUUUUGGAUUGGUGCCUUUUGAAGAUAUAGCAGGAAAUCAGACACAACCUAAAGUGAAACAUCAACGAAACCUGCAGAAACUGUCUUCUCGUCAGAGGCGUACAAAACAGGAGGCAGCAAACAACAAUGGAAAACGUCACCACGGCACACCAUCCAGCACAAAAAAGACACCCAAGCCCAGUUAUCGCACACCUGAGAAAGCACGCAGACAUAAAAAAGGAGGUCGCCGUGACUCUCAAAGCAGCAACGAGUUUUUUACUUUGUCUGACUCAAAAGAAAAUAUUAGUGUUUCACUGAGUGAUGGGAAAGAUCACAGCCAUCUUUUGCAAACAGACGAAAGCUUGAUUGAUCCUUUUGGUGCCAAACCUUUCCAUCCUCAGGAUUUGCGGUUGCCACAACACCAGGGCCUCACAGACAACCAUGGAGAUCACCAGACAGCGAUGUCUGGCAGACCAAGGCAGAGUUCCCUACCUGGGGGAUAUCACAGCAAUGAUCAUAUUAAUAUGGAUGACUUUGGUGCAGUGCCUUUCACAGAAUUCGUUUUGCAGAGUGUAACACAGCAGCAUAGCCAGCAAACACAGCAGCCAUUAGAGUUUGACCCAUUUGGUGCAGCACCCUUUCCUUCUAAACAGUAGAAUUUCUUAUAUUUUUUUUCUUAUACUUUUUUAAUCCAACUGAAAAAUAUGGUAGCAGUGAGAAUGUAUCAUUUUAGAACCAUGAAGAAAACAAGGCAUAAGUCUCACUUUAAAGUUAUAUGCCGAUUUAGCAUUGGAAGGAGUUUUUCUGUCGCUCCUACUAUAUCUGUUUUUACAUGGGUAGAUGCCUGCAAUAUGCACAGGCACUUUGCUCUGCCAGAUCUAGUUAUUAUAUAGGCAGUAGCAGAGAAGAGUAAACUAUAG